AUGGCCAACAAGAUCCUCCUAAUGUUCAUCGCCUUCGAUCUCAUUUUUCUACUAUCUGCCGGCCUACAUCUAUUCAUCCCGCUGUUCACGGAGGCCAACAUCAAGAACAACACCAAUGUGGAGAAUAUUGCCUCGAAUCUGCUCCUCGACCAUUGUCCGCUGACAGCCAGUAUGGCCAACUCGGUGGUCAUGUUCGUCACAUUCCUCCUGUCUGUCCCCGCGUUCUUCCUCAAAUCGAACCGCACCUUUCUCAAACUGCAUGCUGCGGGCGUCAUCGCGGCUGCGAUCAUGACGCUAGCCAUUGGCUUGGCCAUCUGGUUCUCCACGCUCGAGAUCCACAAGAACCUGGCUCCCAUCUGGAACAAGCAGCCCGCCUCGACGGUGACUCUGCUGCAGGCCAAGUUUCAGUGUUGCGGCUACGACAAUCCGGCGCUCUUCGUCAAGGACGCCACCUGCACCAGUGCCGCGGCUGCCGCUCGCCUCGGACCUUGCGUGGCUCCGUUCGGGGUCUUCGCCAAUAAGUUCUUGGAUCUCGUCUUCACCACCUUCUUUGGCUUCGUCGCCGUCGAUAUGAUGCUCUUGCUGGCUGGCCUGUGCUUGAUCAAGGACCGGAAAGAGAAGGAACGGUACAGACUGAUUGACGAGAAGAGCGGGUUCGGACCGAUUUAA